AACAUCAACAAUUUUUGCACUUAUUUUCUUAUUUGGACAAAGUAUAAAAAGGUUAUAAUUAAUAUUGUCAAAAUAUGAGCGAAGAUAAUAAUGAAAAUAUAAUCUGGACUAUAAAGAAUGGAGAAUUAGAUGCCGUGCAAACCACGUUUAGCAAUGAUACUCAGAAAGUUAACGACGAGAUCAAAGGACGAUUUCCAAUACAUUAUGCUGCGGAUUUUGGUCAGCUCAAUGUGCUCAAGUUUCUUAUUAAAUUAGGGGCUGAUGUGAAUAGAAAAGACAAACAUGGUAUUACUCCUCUUUUGGCUGCCGUAUGGGAAGGACACACAAACUGCGUGGCGUAUCUAUUAGAAAAUGGUGCAGAUAAAAAUGGAGCAACUCCAGAUGGCCAGAGCUAUGUUGACGUAGCAGAAAAAGACGAAAUCAAGAAACUUCUUUUAAAUGUAUAAAAAUAAAUGUAUUAAUAAAAUAUAAUCUUGAAAAAUUCUAA